UUAGCCUCUGAGCCCAACCUGAAGUUGCGCUGUAAAGCUAAAAAGACUGAACGGCGCAAAAACCCACUGACCCGGAAGGAAAGCGCCCCCCCUUCCUUGAAAAGGCGCCCGGCAGAAGCCAUUGAUUCAUCCCCCAGCAGCAGCAGCACCCCAGUCUCUGGAUGCAGUUCACCCAAUGACAGCCUGGUGCCAGAACAUGGAGCUGCACCAGGGCUUAUCCAAGAGGUAUGGAACCCAGGGGACGGUGACCACAGGGCACACCCAGGCCUUGCACACAAGGUGCCUGUCCUGACUAGCACUCAUUCACCCAUGUUUCUACCUGCCAACCUGGAGCAACACGAACCCGGAAGCCCUCUGUCCCCUCGACUUCACCCUGUUAUCAUUCUGGAGCCCUCUCCUCUGGUUGCAGUUCCAGGGCUGGGAUCAGUCCCCUUUCACUUCAGCUCUUCAAUGCUUCCUUCGGAGCGGCUGCCGAUGCCGGUGAUCCAUAAGCCCUUGGGACGGACCCGCUCGGAGCCUCUGCCAUCCAACUCCAGAACUGUGCAGCAGCAACUGGCAUACCAGCAGCACCACGCUUUCCUCCUGGAGCACCUGAAACAGCAGACUCAGCUGGGAAAGCGCAUGGCCAAAUCCAGUGAGAAGCCUCGCCUGCAGCAGAUCCCCUCUUCCGAAGACAUGGAGGCCACGGCAGGAGAAGACCUGUAUGAGCAGCCCCAGGGCCAGGGGGAGCCUCCACCAUCAGGAGGUGGCAGCAAGGAAGCGGAAAGGAUCUCCAGGUUGGGUCAGCAGCCUCGAGAGGAGAUUGCCCUUCAUCAGGCACAUUAUGUCUGGGAGCAGCAACAGCGUAUGCAACAGCAACAGCUCCUCCGAAGGCAGCCUGCUGACUCGUUGCUGACCCCAGCCGCACGGGGAGGCCACCGGCCCCUCUCCCGAGCUCAUUCCUCACCCGCUCCGGCCACCGCCUGUCUCCCUAGCCAGGACGCGUCUUCCAAGGUCAUCCCACUUCCAGUGCCAGAACAGUCCAUCAAGCCGCGCUUCACCACAGGGAUCGUGUACGACUCUGUCAUGCUGAAACACCAGUGCUCGUGUGGGGACAACAGCAACCAUCCUGAGCAUGCAGGCCGAAUCCAGAGCAUCUGGUCUCGCCUGCAGGAACGUGGACUACGCAACCAGUGUGAGGUAGGGGGCAGUGUAGGCCAGAUAAAAAGCACCUUUGGGACAACUCACAGGCUUCUUACCUUCUCUCUUCCUCCCCCUCAGGAUGUUCACCAUGGUAACGGGACACAGCAAGUUUUCUACAGAGAUCCAAAUGUCCUCUAUCUCUCCUUGCAUCGCUAUGAUGAUGGCAACUUUUUCCCUGGUAGCGGAGCAGCUGAUGAGGUGGGCUCUGGGGCCGGAGAAGGUUUCACCGUCAAUGUGGCUUGGACAGGAGGCCUUGAACCCCCCAUGGGAGAUCCAGAGUAUUUGGCGGCUUUCCGGACGGUGGUGAUGCCAAUUGCCCAAGAGUUCUCCCCGGAUGUGGUGCUGGUAUCUGCAGGCUUUGAUGCAGCCGAUGGCCACCCUCCUCCGCUGGGGGGUUACAAAGUCUCAGCCAAAUGUUUUGGUUAUAUGACCAGGCAGUUGAUGAAUGUGGCUGGUGGGGCUCUCGUUCUAGCCCUGGAAGGAGGCCAUGAUUUGACCGCCAUUUGUGAUGCUUCGGAAGCCUGUGUGUCUGCUCUGCUGGGUAACGAGCUUGAGCCUCUUCCGGAAGAGAUCUUGCAGCAGAAACCUAGCACUAAUGCUGUGCACUCCUUGGAGGCGGUAAUCGAGGUGCAAAGUAAGUGGAGGGAUUCCUCUUAUUGUGAAGGAUAGAGUGGGCGCAUGGAAGAGAGCAACUGCUACAAGCAGCUGCUUGGCACUGCAAUGGUCUUCGGGAAUGCCUUUGAGAGACAGGAGGAAGAGACACAGAGGACUAGGCAGUGGUCAGAUAAGAGGCAGUUUAGCCUGCAGAAAUAAUGGGACCGUGGCUAAUGUCUCCGAGGGGCCCUCCCUAGUGUCUUGGGCCUUGUAAUGGCAAGCGGUGACUGAUAUAUUUUCAGACUUACAAGGUUCUGUUACUGUAACUUUACAAUAAUGUUAGUACUCAUAGAUAGAAUCUCUUGUUUGGACUGCCUCUGAGAGUUGAUACCAAUCUUCCAAAUCUGAAAAUACCAAUCUUACAAAUCCACACCACAUUUGCAGCCAGAAAAGUUAGGGAUGGCCACUUCUGAGAUAUUUGCCACACACCAAUUCUUUUUAAGUGUUUUUUUUUUAAAUCAAGGCAACCUGGUCUACCCAAAUAUGGGGCAGAGCAUAUGGCUUGUCAGGG